GCCAGCCACCUGCCUCCAUUUCUGUUUCUCUCGAGUAUUUUAUCCAUGGCGUCUACUUUCCUUACAUUACCUAAACCCUUUAUAUACAAACCCAGCGCGCCCUCUCUAUCUGACCAGAAAACAUUAGGUCUGCGCAGAAAUUCUCUCAGAGUCAACGCCAUUUCCAAGAAAUGGGAGCCCACCAAGGUGGUUCCACAAGCUGAUAGAGUGCUUAUUCGUCUUGAGGAGCUGCCUGAGAAAUCAGCUGGUGGAGUCUUGUUGCCCAAAUCAGCUGUUAAAUUUGAGCGGUAUCUUAUGGGAGAAAUUCUCUCUGUUGGUGUGGAAGUUGGGGAAGUGGGGGCUGGAAAGAAGGUUCUCUUCUCAGACAUAAAUGCUUAUGAGGUUGACUUGGGAACGGAUGCUAAGCACUGCUUCUGCAAGUCGAGUGACUUGUUGGCUGUGGUUGAGUAGUGGUCAGCAAUCCGCUAUUAUACGAGACUGCUUCCUUAUGAUUCUUGGCCUAUCUUGUGCACUUCGUAGUAAGCUAGGAUGGUGUUUUCUUCUUACCUUCAUUCUGUUUGACACCCUGUGGUAGGGAAAUAUCCAAUUCAUGUUGAAUUUUGUCCACUACAUUACUUGCAUGCACAAAUGACAUUAUUUUUGUACCUGUGAGAAUUUUAUAUUGAAGGACGAAUCUAUCAUGAAAAGGCUCGUGGGUAAGGAUUGUUAUCAUGCA